ACCGAUUUAGGAAAGGCCUUCGUCGUUGGAGCCAGUGCCCUCUUACCCUCCUCAGCAUCAGUGACCGCCACCGAUGGACAGGAGCAAGGAGGUAUUGCCGAAAUCGAGAUUCCUCCCAUGAAAUUCCACAACCUGGCAGUCAGCCAGAAGGCGGUGUACCAGCCAAUGUUCAAGCAUAGGAGAUGGCUCGAACAGAGGAAGAGACGUUCAGCCGAGGGCCAGGAGUCGAUUGCUCAGAUGGAGACCAACUUGCCGGCACUCCAUGGUCCAGAGGCGUCAAUCGCAAACCAUGUUGAACAGUCAAAAGUCAAGGAAUCGGAUCUCGAAACGUUUUACAACAACGUUGCCCUCAAGAAACAUCUAUGGGAUGCCAAAAGAGCCAGGGACAGGGAAUUCAAGCUGGUCGCAGAACGCCUUCUGGAGAUGAUCGGAGGAACUCCUGGCAAGAAAAGGGAUAGGGAUAACAAGGUGGUCAUCGGUAUCGGACUCGGAGAGUUUUCUUCAACGUCGCGGUUGUCCUCCCUUCACACAGCAUUCUCCGCGUACUUUGUGCAGCUGGCGCGAUCGCUGGAUUACAUUGUCAUGGGUGUCAAUGAAUAUUACACAUCCAAGCGCUGUUCGGUCUGCAAGGAGUUUGUGGGUUAGGUCGACAUCCGGCAACUCUACUGCCCGACGCCGACGUGUGGAGCAAAAAUUCAUCGAGAUGUCAUGGCCGGUCAUAAUAUGUCCAAUGUCAUUCGAGGACAUCUUCUCCACCAGCAGCGCCCUCACUAUUUGCAGCCAUACGACAAGGAAGCAAACUACAUUUGGGAAAUGGAGGAAAGUAGUCGGUCUGUCGAGUAUAUGGUGGCACGAUUGGAUGUGACGGAGGUGGAACAACCACGCGUCGAACGGAUGGCACCAGAAGACGAGGAGACUGAGCCAGGUCGGCGCAAGAGACCAGUGGCAUAAUUUUUUUUUUUUCAAAUAGUUAGACAGACCAAUUUGUGUGUAUAUACAGUCAAUCUCCCCUU